GAUUAAGUGGAUUUUAAAUAUUUAUCAAUUUAUUGAAACAAAAGUAGUUCGAUUACAAUAUUACCAUAAAUUUUAAAUAGUUGCAUACUCAUUUUAUCGAAAUUUCAAUAGAAUUUUAAAAUCACGUGCGUUGUUAAUUGUUUUGUAAGUUGAACAGUGUUAUGAUUGUGCAGGAUAAGUUAGAAGGUGUAAUUCCGAAAAAAAUAAAUCUGGCUUCUGAAGAAUACGUCUUUAUAAAGAAUCAUGUCCGGGAGCUUAAAAAUCCGCAAAACAAAUCGGAAAUUCAAGAUGAAAAUAAAGAUGAGGUUACUGAACAAAAAGUUUUAAAAAUUAAAAAACGAAAACGCAAACGCUCUAGUUCAGAGAGUUCUGAAAGGAUUUCGAAAUGUUGUGAAAUAAACAAAGAUGAUUUGGAGGAGUUACGAACACUAUAUAAUAAGUGCAAAAAGGUUAUUACAAAUAUCGAAAAUAAGUAUGGUCAUUUAUUAAAUUUGUUCAGCGAACCUCAAACCACAUCUUCCUAUUUAGAGAAUAUUGAAGGCAAAGAAGAAUGUACCUGUGAACAAAACAAAAAGAUAAUAUUUGAUGAUGAAGGAAAACAAAUAUUAAAAGAUGUGGAAUUUGAUAGACAUAUUUGUGUUAAAAACCAUGAAAGAAAUCAUAGAAACAUCUUGCCAGAUGUACAUGUUGAAUAUGAGCAUGAAACUUCACAAAAAGAUGCCGUUGAAUUACCUGAUGAUCUAAAUGAGCUGGAGAAUAUUCUCAAAAACCCUGCUACAGAAAAUAAACUUCGUAGAAGAGUUAUAUAUAAAAUCAGAAGCUUAAGAUUCGACUAUAUUAGGGAGAUAAGAUUUAACAGGCAAAUGUUAGUAGAAAAAUUAAAAUCAAAUCCAGAUGAAUUAAUAACAUUUACAGGAUCAAAUCUAUCCAGUUUGUCUGGAUAUCCCACCUGAGAUUGUAAAUUAAGGGUGCUACACACGGCUAAGAUACUAUAUUCUUUUAUCUUAAGUAUAGAAAUUAAUAUAUAUUAGGCCAACACAGACAGUGAAUAUAUGAUAAU